AUGAGCUCUAGGUACCCGGAGGACCCUUGGCGUAACUGCAGAUGCCUGGAGAAGCAGCCUUCUCCAGCUGCCAUGCUGAGUGGUGCACAUUUGACAGCUUUGCUAGUCUUCCCUGAAAGCCUUAAGCCCACGAGGGUGAUUCUCAUUUUGACAAAGCUGUAUGACUAUAACCUGGGGAGCAUCACUGAGAGCUCGCUUUGGAGGUCAACUGAUUAUGGAACAACCUAUGAGAAGCUGAAUGAUAAAGUUGGGUUGAAAACAAUUUUAAGCUAUCUCUACGUGUGUCCUACCAACAAGCGUAAGAUCAUGUUACUCACAGACCCGGAGAUUGAGAGCAGCUUACUGAUCAGCUCAGAUGAAGGGGCCACCUAUCAGAAGUACCGGCUGAACUUUUACAUUCAGAGCUUGCUUUUCCACCCCAAGCAAGAGGACUGGAUUCUGGCAUACAGCCAAGACCAAAAGUUAUACAGCUCUGCCGAAUUUGGGAGAAGAUGGCAGCUUAUCCAGGAGGGUGUCGUACCAAACAGGUUCUACUGGUCUGUGAUGGGAUCAAACAAGGAACCAGACCUUGUGCAUCUCGAGGCCAGAACUAUAGAUGGUCAUUCACAGUACCUAACUUGCCGAAUGCAGAACUGCACAGAGGCCAACAGGAAUAAACCCUUCCCAGGCUACAUUGACCCAGACUCUUUGAUUGUCCAGGAUGAUUAUGUGUUUGUUCAGCUGACAUCAGGAGGACGGCCGCAUUAUUACGUGUCCUACCGAAGGAAUGCGUUUGCCCAAAUGAAGCUGCCCAAGUAUGCUUUGCCCAAGGACAUGCACGUCAUCAGCACAGAUGAGAAUCAAGUGUUUGCAGCAGUGCAAGAAUGGAACCAAAAUGACACCUAUAACCUCUAUAUCUCAGACACCCGUGGGGUCUAUUUCACGCUGGCCUUGGAGAAUGUUCAGAGCAGCAGAGGUCCUGAGGGAAACAUCAUGAUUGACCUCUAUGAGGUAGCAGGGAUAAAGGGAAUGUUCUUGGCUAACAAGAAGAUUGACAACCAAGUGAAGACUUUCAUCACGUAUAACAAAGGCCGAGACUGGCGUUUGCUGCAGGCGCCUGACACAGAUCUAAGGGGGGACCCCGUGCACUGCUUACUGCCCUACUGCUCACUGCACCUUCACCUGAAGGUCUCUGAGAACCCCUACACCUCAGGGAUCAUCGCCAGCAGAGACACAGCGCCCAGCAUCAUAGUGGCUUCAGGUAACAUAGGUUCCGAAUUGUCAGACAGCGACAUCAGCAUGUUUGUCUCUUCAGAUGCAGGGAACACCUGGAGGCAGAUCUUUGAAGAAGAGCACAGCGUUUUGUAUCUGGAUCAAGGUGGAGUCCUGGUUGCUAUGAAGCACACGUCUCUCCCGAUUCGACAUCUCUGGUUGAGUUUUGAUGAAGGGAGAUCUUGGAGCAAAUACAGUUUCACAUCUAUUCCACUCUUUGUGGAUGGGGUUUUGGGCGAGCCUGGGGAAGAGACUCUAAUCAUGACAGUGUUUGGACACUUCAGCCACCGCUCCGAAUGGCAGCUGGUCAAGGUGGACUACAAGUCCAUUUUUGAUAGACGGUGUGCCGAGGAGGACUACCGACCCUGGCAGCUGCACAGCCAGGGGGAAGCAUGCAUCAUGGGAGCAAAAAGGGUAUAUAAGAAGCGAAAAUCAGAGAGGAAGUGUAUGCAAGGAAAAUAUGCAGGAGCUAUGGAAUCUGAACCUUGUGUCUGCACGGAGGCCGAUUUUGACUGUGACUACGGUUAUGAGCGACACAGCAAUGGUCAGUGUCUGCCAGCAUUUUGGUUCAAUCCGUCUUCUCUGUCAAAGGAUUGCAGCUUAGGACAGAGUUAUCUCAACAGUACCGGGUAUAGGAAAGUGGUUUCCAAUAACUGCACCGAUGGAGUAAGAGAACAGUACACUGCCAAACCGCAGAAGUGUCCCGGGAAGGCCCCGCGGGGGCUGCGGAUUGUCACUGCUGAUGGGAAGUUGACGGCAGAACAGGGGCACAACGUUACUCUCAUGGUGCAGCUGGAAGAGGGUGACGUCCAGAGGACACUCAUCCAAGUGGACUUUGGUGAUGGCGUGGCAGUGUCUUACGUCAACCUCAGCUCCAUGGAAGAUGGCAUCAAACAUGUCUAUCACAACGUGGGCAUUUUCCGAGUGACGGUGCAGGUGGACAACGGUCUGGGGUCGGACAGCGCCGUCCUGUACUUACAUGUAACUUGUCCCCUGGAGCAUGUACACCUGUCUCUUCCCUUUGUCACCACGAAGAACAAAGAGGUCAACGCAACUGCAGUGCUGUGGCCCAGCCAAGUGGGCACCCUCACUUACGUAUGGUGGUAUGGAAACAACACAGAGCCUCUGAUCACCUUGGAGGGAAGCAUAUCAUUCAAGUUUACUUCUGAAGGGAUGAACACCAUCACAGUCCAGGUCUCUGCCGGGAAUGCCAUCCUGCAAGACACAAAGAGCAUUGCGGUGUAUGAGGAAUUCCGGUCCCUUCGCCUGUCCUUCUCUCCGAACCUGGACGACUACAACCCUGAUAUCCCCGAGUGGAGGAGGGACAUCAGCCGAGUCAUCAAAAAGUCCCUGGUGGAAGCCACAGGGGUCCCAGGCGAGCACAUCUUGGUGGCAGUACUCCCUGGCUUGCCCACCGCAGCUGAGCUCUUUGUCUUGCCCUAUCAGGAUCCAACUGGAGAAAGCAAAAGGUCAGCAGAAGACCUGGAGCAGAUAUCAGAACUGCUGAUCCACAAGCUCAAUCAAAACUCGGUGCACUUUGAGCUGAAGCCUGGGGUCCAAAUCCUUGUCCAUGCGGCUCACUUAACAGCAGCCCCGCUGGUGGACCUCACUCCAACUCACAGUGGGUCUGCCAUGCUGAUGCUGCUCUCAGUGGUGUUUGUGGGGCUGGCCGUGUUCGUCAUCUACAAGUUUAAAAGGAAGAUCCCGGGGAUUAAUGUUUAUGCCCAGAUGCAAAAUGAGAAAGAACGAGAGAUGGUCAGUCGAGUCAGUCCCACUGAAAGCAGGCCCCAUAUCCCUCAGACUGAACUCAGGAGGCCUGGCCAACUGAUAGAUGAGAAGGUGGAUUCCCAGCUCAUAGGAAGUAUUUCCAUAGUUGCUGAGAAUCAAAGCACAAAAGAAAUCCCUACCUAUGUAAAUGUUUGA